UGUCGUUGUGUCGCCGUCGUUGCUGUCUUGGCUCAUCCACUCCGGCCUCGCAGUCGUGGAUUCUACAGCAUUGCGAGCAGAUCCCAUCUAAGAGGUCCUAGAUCACAUGCAAGAUGUGGUGGAGCCGUAAAUUUGCCUCAAGGUCUCUCCGCCUCCACCGGCUCAAGAGCACCGCAAGCAGCGGAAGCACCGGAAGCAGCGGAAGCAACAGAAGCACUAGAAGCACCGGAAGCACAGUCCCCAGGGAACCGGAGCAAUCUCUGGGCAUCAUUGGAGUGCCCUUCGCCAAGGGGCAGGGAAAACAGGGCGUGGAACUGGCCCCCGAUCUUCUCCGGCAGAGCAGUCUGCGUCAGGUGAUUCAGAGCAGUCACGAUGGCCUGGUGAUACGGGACUACGGGAAUCUGCAGUACGCCGUAGACGAGCCCCUUCUCCAGCAGCAGCGUGUGCACUACCACCACAUCCGCAACUACGCGGACUUCAUGGCCUGCAAUCGGGCAUUGAUUGAGCAGGUGAAACUGAUGCUCGCGGAGAACACGCAGUUUCUGGCCAUUGGUGGCGACCAUGCGAUCGGCUUCGGAUCCGUGGCCGGACACCUGCAACACUCGCCGAACUUGUCCCUGGUGUGGAUCGACGCACAUGCGGACAUCAAUCUGCACAGCACCUCGCAGUCGGGCAACAUCCACGGCAUGCCCGUCUCCUUUCUGCUGGAACAGCUCCGUAACACCUGGCAGCACGCCGGCCUCCAGGAGAUCGCGCCCAACUGCUUGCCCAAGGAUCAGUUGGUGUACAUCGGACUCCGGGACAUUGACCCCUACGAGGCGUUCAUCCUAAACAAAGUCGGAAUACGCUACUAUGCAAUGGAUACCAUCGACCGGGUGGGCGUGCCCAAGAUCAUCGAGAUGACGCUGGACGCCCUCGAUCCGCAGAACAAGAUCCACGUCAGCUUCGACAUCGACGCCCUGGACAGCAAUGUGGCGCCCAGCACGGGCACCGCGGUGCGCGGCGGCCUCACGCUCCGCGAGGGAAUCAGCAUCGUGGAGGCACUCCGGGACACCAAGCGGGUGCAGGGCGUCGAUCUGGUGGAGAUCAACCCGAAGCUCGGCAGCGAGCGCGACGUGCGCACCACCGUGGAGUCCGGCCUGGAGAUACUGAAGAGCAUGUUCGGCUACCGACGCUCGGGGCGCUGGAGCAACAUCGACACCGGAAUCCUUGGCAGCGAUUAAAGGAACGCAACUCGCCCGGUUUUGAGCUUAACAUAUUAAUAUUUAUGUACAACAUUCUUGCCAUAUUAGUGUGUGCUUUUUUUUGUUUUCGUAUCUUAAUGAGACAAUACACCAUUUGCGUAGAAA